AUGGUGUCCGGAACACCCCCUAACCCCUCGUCGUAUGACGCAUGCUGCAUCGAUUCACGCCGUCGGUUCAUUUCCCUCUACCUCAAGUACGUCGGUAGCGAUGCGGUUGCCAAAUGGGACAACUGCCUCCGAAUGGCCUUCGAACAAGUCAUGAAGAGCCUCGAAGAGAGAUGCCAUAAACGGGCCAGCCACGACUGGCUAGAGUACGAAGCAGAUCGCGUCGCCUGGCAAAAGCUCUUCAGCGAAAUUGACAUCGAAGCUGUCGAAUGGCCCUUCACCAUCCCAACUGAAUUUGAUUCACCCGACAAGAUCGCAGAGGGUAUCUCGCCAACUUAUCAGAAUUGGCGUCUGGCCCGCGGAUUACGUGUAUGCGACGUCGGUCGUCGAGAUGAGCCGGAAGUGCCGUCUCUGGACCAGCGGAACCACGUCUGGAAGAAGGAUCCAAACUAUCCCCGUGAAAUGGUGGCUCCCAUCACUGGUCCUUUCCAGAUCGCACUCCCACUCUGGAUCGAUCUCUACAACCUUAUUUUUGGGGAAGGUGACCAACUCCUCCACGACAUCAACAACGAAAUCAUCCCCCCUCACCUGGCGAUCUCGUGGAAUGGCGACGACGAAGGCUGUAUCACUUUGGUUGUUGGAUUCAGCCCUACCACCUGCGUCAACCCCGGAAGCGAGGGAAUCGGUGAUUCGGUCCGAUGGCUUUGGCAAUCCGUCGUUGACUGGGUAAUUGAAGCCUACUUUGGCGGGACAAUGUCGCUAGCGACCUUCCUGCGCGUGCGUAAGGCUAUGCCUGUCCCUUACAGCAGUUCCUAUCACAGCAGCCAGGGGUUGACCACAUUGACUAGCAGUGCAUAUGCCGAAGUCCAAGACGAGCCAAUGUAUUUCAUCAGGAAGGCGCAUGAGAAGCGAACUUUCAUCGCAGAGUGCCGUGAUGAAGUUUUGGAGAUUCUGGAGAAGCCCCUGGCCGAGGCCAAGGCCGGACUCAGCCGCUGGGUUUUCUGUGAGGGCUACGACGAGGAGAGACUUGCAGCUGCACGAGAGAUCUGGGCUUCUAGUACCACAGAUGAGAGAACCAUCCAGGAAGCGAUUCUUUGGGCGAUGGGCCCGCAUGAGGUGACGACCAUCUCCGCCGAGGAUGACUCUUCUACCGAUGAGUAG